CGCGCCGAACAUGGAGCAGUACAGCUUGUUGGGUCGGAUCGGGGAGGGAGCUCACGGCAUUGUAUUCAAAGCCAAACACAUUGAGACAGGGGAAGUUGUGGCCCUGAAGAAAGUGGCCCUGCGGAAGCUGGAGGAGGGGAUCCCCAACCAGGCGCUGAGAGAGAUCAAAGCUCUGCGGGAGAUAGAGGAUAAUCCUCACGUGGUGAAGCUGAGGGACGUGUUCCCCCAUGGCACGGGCUUUGUGCUGGUGUUUGAGUACAUGCUGUCCGAUCUAUCCGAGGUGAUCCGGAAUUCGGAGCAGCCCCUGACCGAGGCCCAGGUUAAAGGCUACAUGAUCAUGCUGCUGAAAGGGGUCAGAUUCUGCCACGACAAUGCCAUCAUGCACAGGGACCUGAAACCGGCCAACCUGCUCAUCAGCUCCACUGGCCAACUGAAGAUUGCUGACUUUGGCCUGGCGAGGGUCUUCUCCAGUGAGCGGGGGCGUCUGUACAGCCAUCAGGUGGCAACCAGAUGGUAUCGAGCCCCGGAGUUGCUUUAUGGGGCCCGGAAGUAUGAUGAGGGAGUUGACUUAUGGGCAGUCGGAUGCAUUUUUGGGGAGCUGCUGAAUGGCUCCCCAUUAUUCCCAGGAGAGAAUGACAUUGAGCAGCUGUGCUGUGUACUUCGCACACUGGGGACCCCAAAUCCCAAGACUUGGCCGGAGAUCACCGACCUUCCCGAUUAUAAUAAGAUUUCCUUCAAGGAGCAUCGGCCCCUCCCCCCAGAACGCAUUGUCCCCGACACAUCCCCCGAGGCGUUGCAUCUGCUCAUGCGCUUCCUUGUCUAUCCGUCCAAUCUGAGGAUCCGGGCAGCCGAGGCUCUGCUGCACCCAUAUUUUUUUGGGGAGCCCUUACCUGCACACCAUUCAGAGCUCCCUAUUCCGCAGAGAGGGGGUAGAAGGGGCCGCCAGCUUCAGAGAGAAUUCCAUACGGAGCAGCCUCUAUGCGACAGCCUUGUGGAUCCAGGACUGAUCAGCAGUUACCUGCAGGGACUGUGACUAACACCCACCUAUGUACUGCCCCACCCCUAGUACAGGUGCAUCAGGACUUUGGUCAACCCCAGUUUGGGACUUUGUGCCUAGAAAGUGAUGCUGUACCUUGGCACUGGUGUAUAUAGUGUAUGUAAUUCUGCUGCCUUAUUUAAUAAACCCCGCCUUCAUCAUAA